AUGCGCUUCGAACAUCGAAAAAUUCCAGAUGACGACCCGCAAGCUCUCGUGAAUUCUCAACAUAAAGAUGGUCGACGGAAGCCAAUGGGAAACUUAUGUCGUAGAAGAAAGAGGGCCAAUCGAAUGCCCCGUAGAUACGACGCAACUGUGAUUAAUCUAUGUUCCUCUUGUAUACAAGUACAGAAACCCGGAGUUAGAGGGGAGGACGUGGUGAUGUGGACAUUAAAUGAUAAUUGUGGAGAAAAGGAGGAGGUGGUCAAUGUGAGUGGAGAUAAAGUGAUUGAGUUAAUGUAUAAGGAACUGAAGAUUGAUUGCAGGAAUACAAUUUUGGAAAAUUUCGAUUUAAAACCAUGGGAUCCAUCGAAAAGAGCUGCAAGAUUCCCGUAUCCAGAUGGAUCAAUAGUAUCUGAGGAGAAUGAUAUUCUCGACUUGUCUAAUGAAAUGGAUAUUCAAAGAGCUAGUGAUGGAAGGCUGGCCACUGUAGUCAUUUCAAAUACAGAGUUUAGAUUUUUUGUCUGGAAUGAGCCAUUUCCAGAUGCAAUUGCUGCAAAACCAAGAUCCGAUGCGUGGGACGGCCGUGAAUGGUUGAUUCAAAGGCAAAUUUAUUUUUGA